AUGUAUUUAAAUGUCAUACAGGCCCAGAUCCUUCCUUUGGGUGGAAAAAAGCAAGCUAUGGGGAAGAAAAUCUCAUGUGCAGUCUUUUCACCUACAACAAUACCAUAUGAAAGCCUGGGACCAUUGGGCCAUCUUACUAAAUAUUUAGUUGACAAUCACCACAACUUGCUGCAUUAUGGGUUUUGGCUUGCCUGGGGAAUUCAUGGAGCAGAAGCCUUGUACAGUGUCAAGUUAUGCAAGACCAAAGGCAUCACUCACGGCCCAACUCAGCUUCAGUGGUUCUUCCAAACUGUAUUUUUUGGGAUGGCUUCCCUCUACAAGCUGCUAGAAUAUAAGCCACCGUCUAAGAGACAGGAAUAAACAGACUGGACAAGAAGAAUCUAUGCUAACAUACUUCAUCUUCAUAUCUCAGAGAAUGGAUCCUCCUCUUAGCCAUUUGGGUUGUGGACUAUUAAAAUGCAUUCCCAGUGAGACUCAGUACUCUCUUACCAAGCAACUCCUUGCACAUCACUAAAUGCUAGGUCUCGGGUGAAGGGCUCCGUGUAUGGCCCAAAAAGUGAGUAAUUGAAAUGGAACCUCUUUUGUGUAACUGCACAACUCUUUCUGGGUAGAAGCACUGGAGACCAAAACUAGUUUUCCUCUAGUCUAUUUAGUAAUAUAAGCUGUGUAAUAAUAAUUCAAAAAAAAAAAAGUACAAAAAAAGUUCAUGGUAGAUGCCCCUUCCUCUCCCACUAGGUGGUAGCAGGUACUAGCAGACCUUUCUACUUGUAAAAGCUUUCCUCCAAAUCAGAGCACUUAAUGCCAGGCAGCUUGUAGCACUUCAUUCUCUUUUCUUCAAUGUUGCACUUGUCUUUGGUUAGUGCUAUCCAUCAAUCUGCUCUGACUGGUUUCUUUUUCUUCUUCCAUCUUCCACAAAGGUUAGAGACGACAAGGCUGCAGAAACACUAACAAGCACCACAAUUAUACCACAGGGUGAGGUGUGGCAAUGAGGCAGAGUACAUGACAAAACACUUCAGCAUACUCAAUUAAAAGGUGUUUAAGAAUUCUGUUAAAAGGUGCUUGCCUUAAACCUUGCACAGACAUUUGCAUUUUGUACUUGUUUAUUCAGGUUAUUGAAUUCAGCAGCCAAGUAUAAUUUGAAGGGUGGGUACUACUUUUUCCUGACAAAGUUAAUUCACAUAUAUAAUAGUUUAGUACCAUUCUUAGAUGGAGUUUCAAAAAAUAUACAUGAAUGUUUUAUGUGUCCCUCUAAGUGCAGUCAUAACCUGAGUAAGUUUGUAUGCAUUAAACAUCUAGUUGGAAGCAACAGUGGAAGCUUUCCAGAGACCAUCUGAAGCUAGUGUUCUCAAGAGUGUUUCCUAGAUGCAUUUGAUACAAUUCUGGUCUAUCUUUCUUGAACUAUCCCUGAGAAAUAAGAAGCUUGUCUCCGUCUUAAGUAGCUGCAGACAGCUGUUACUACUGUAAACUAUUACAUCUUAGUACAAAUACUAAGAAGUGCACCAAAGCUAAUUGAAAAUGUAUUGUGUUUUAACAAUUCUCCAGGGUUAAGAUUAUACUGUUUAUAAAAUAGUACAUAUUAGUUGUCCACCUGUCAGCCAGUACAAAUUAUCAGAAUACAAUACCAGAUUAUUAAUUCAUGAUGCUUGUGUUGCUAGCUUUCUCUUUAGAGAAUGACCACCCCUUUUUCAAGUGUCUAUUAGGAGAAUGGGGAGAGUUGUUGCCAUCCUGACCAGAAUUGCAAUAGGGGGUAACCCUAUAUUCUGUAGACUGCAACUAUGGACCAAGACUUGUAGCUAUAUCAAUAGUAGCACUAUCUGUAAAUUAUUAGAAAUGUGGAAGCCUCAUACAGGCACUGGGUACAACUCUAAUCUAACAAGAUAUCUGACUAUAUAGGUGUGAAGUGGCUGCAAGUUACAGUUUAUGAAAAUUGUGCAGGUCACUGGUUAUUGGCAAAUAGUGUUUGUAUUGUCCCCAGGGCUGGAUGGCAUGUGAGAGACAGCUGAGGAGGAGUCCCAGAAAAAAAAUCUAAUUGGUUAUGAGAGGAGCACGGUUGUAGGAAGUGGCUGUUCUCUCACCACCUACUUUUCAUAAGCAGCUUUUUGUGACCAGUGCGUGUGUGGCCAGGAUCCAACAUACUCUACUUCAUUUUACUUAAAAUCAUGUAGUCACACUUACUUACCAGGUGUUGGGUUUGAGAUGAGCUCAUAUUUGACUAUAUCUGCUAGCAUACAGUAACCACUGAUCUUGGAUAUGAUAAACAUUUCUUGUUUUUCUCUUGUUACUCUGCUUAUAUUUUUGGUUUUUCUCUUUUACAAGCCUUUGGCAAAUAUUCACCCUUGUGAUAGGCAAGUUUUUUUUCCAGUAUAUUUGUUCAUCUCCCAUUCAUAUACAGGGUUUUGAACUAUGUUUACAGUUUUAUCUCCACUAGCAGUACAUCACUGUUUCUGGAAGUUGAAAACAAAGAGGAAAGCAAAUAAUAUACAUGUAAUCUUACGUCUUAAAAUACUGAUGCUAUUAUGGUGUUCUUGUGGGAAGAAAAAAAAUCCAUUAAAAUAUUUUGCAGAGAA